UGACUUCAACAGCUGCAAGUAGCCCGGCAACAGAACCGAAGAGAAGUAUUUUGUGUCGAGUCAUUUUGAGAGCAUCUCUGGGCAUUUCCUCUGUGUUUAUACAAGUUAGAUAUUGACUCUCUUCCAGCUGUAGGCGACAAUAGAUCGAGUUUAAAGUAAUUCUUUGAUGAAUUUAUAAACCUCGUCGCUUCUGGGUUUAUUUUUUUUUGGCGUGGAGGGAAACCAAGAGAAAAGCUGACCAUACACGUCAUGGUAAAGUGGACGGACAAGGAGCGCAGCACUAUCAGGGCUGUUUGGGAAAAAGUUGAUAUUGAUGAGAUUGGACCACAAGUUUUGGCAAGAGUUUUGAUUGUCUACCCUUGGACCGAGAGAUACUUUGGUACUUUUGGAGACAUCUUCACUGUCACUGCUGUUCUGCAAAACCCUAAAGUAGCCGCCCAUGGCAAAGUGGUGCUGAAAGCACUGGACCAAGCAGUAAAGGACAUGGACAACAUCAAGCACACCUAUGCUGACCUCAGCAGGUUGCACUACGAAAGCCUCAGCGUGGAUCCUGAUUGCUUCAGACUGUUAGCCGACUGCCUCACCAUCACUGUCGCCUGCAAACUCAAGUCCGGCCUGAACCCUCAGAUCCAAGCUACCUGGCAGAAGUUUCUGUCCGCUGUGGUCGAUGCGAUGAGCAGUCAGUAUUACUGAAGAGUGCAACAAACCCAGAUGGAGAAAAAUAUGUUUAUGCGUGUUUGUCCUAUCUUGGUAUCUCUUUAAUAUAUUUUGUAAUUGACAUAUGAGAUUGAAUUUGGCUUUAACCCCCCACACCCACCCCCUUCCCCCACCUCAGGUCCGUAAGGGGGCUACAAAUUAAACUAGUGUAAGAUUUUUACAUAAUUCUCGUGGUUUAUUUAGUAUAAAUUGCAGCAAUGGCUAAAUAUAGGGGAGUUCAGGACAUUUCACUGAUGGGGUUACACGUGUAUGUGUGCCUUAGGAAUGCACUUUUUAAACACAAAGUACGCAGUAGUUUAUUUAGUUUCUAAGAUCUAUUUGCUAUUUUAUUUGAUAAGAUAUAUAUGCUGUCCUUUAAUAAAUAUUAUGUCCCAUAAA